GACUUCAUUCUGUAGUGCUACGGAUGCGAAACCGAUCAAAGCAGUGAAAGUCCAGUGUGGUGUGUUCGAUCCAAAUUAGGUUUUGAACGGCGGUGAGAGAAUCCAUUUCCAUUCUCGGACAGAACAUGGAAAUACGCCGGAAAUGCUUCUGGCUGGGAGGGUUAGUGCAGCUGUUGGUCCUGGUGUUGAGUUAUCAGCAGUCGGCAUCGGCCAGACCGGAUGGGAUUAAUCUAUACAAAGAUUGGAUUCGGAACAAGAAUGACGACGAGGAUUACGCAACCAAGCUGGAUGAAGAAGACUUCACUGAACCGAAAUUGUCUUUCUAUCGUACCCCAGUAUCGUCAUUUUACGAAUAUAAUAGUGAUUAUCCAUUUGAGAAGCGCACCUUUAACAAGUACAAAAACAUGAUGAUAAACAAGGACGCCCCCGAAGUGCUGCUAACCGAAGAGCGCGAAGAACCCAGCAAGGGAGCCGUUCGUUUCGGUAUCCCGCGAAUCACGCUGAAGCGAAGCCCUGGAGCGAUCCUCAGCUGGGCCAUCCCGGCGGCCAAUAGGGUACGAGUCAUUCCCAAUAGUUACCGACCGCCAGCCAUCAACCGACCAGCCGCCUAAUUCGAUCCCUCCGACAAAGGUCGUGAGUCCUUCACAGAGUCCCAACGGUGCGGUUAUGGUUUCCUUCACAAACAACAUCACCACCACCACACCAUGAAUGAUCCACGAUACUUGAGCAACGUGUGAAUCGGUUGCCCCCAAAUGUUAUCAUCAUAGUUUGCAGUGUUUUGCCGCGUGUCAUCUCGGCUAUCGCCCCUUGCAGGAAAGGGCCUCUUCAAAACCAGGCUUAAUGCCCCAACAUCAAACCAGACAUCAAUAUGGAUUUCAGUAAACGUUCUGUUCUGUGCACACACCCACUUGUACAAAUUAAAGAGUUCUAAAAAGA